AUGUCGCGAGCGCAGCGUGUUCUGGUCUACCUCUUGCGUCGGGAUCUUCGACUUGCCGACAAUCCCGUCUUUCACGAAUUAGCAAGGAUCAAUUCCCAAUCUCAGAGACCUUUCACCCAUCUCUUACCAGUCUAUGUAUUCCCGGCGGACCAGGUGGAGGUUUCUGGUUUCCUCAAGUCCGCCGCGGACAGAUCACCGUAUCCCGAGGCGCGCAGCAAGGUUGGCGGCUUCUGGAGAUGUGGCAAACUUCGAGCAAAAUUCCUAGCUGAGAGCGUAUGGGAUCUGAAGAAAGACCUCGAGAGCGUCUCCAGCGGCCUGUCAAUCCGAGUUGGUACCUUGACGGACGCCGUUCGCUCUAUCCUCGACGCCUACCGGGACAGAGAGGGCACUGAGAUACAUGGCAUCUGGAUGACCAGCGAAGAGGGUUGGGAGGAGAAGAUCGAGGAAGACAAGCUGAAGAAGAUUGUCGAAGCCGAAGGCAAGGAGUUCAAGCUCUGGACUGAUGAGAAGUACUUUGUCGAUGAGUAUGCCAAUCUCUACCAUCAAGGCAUCGAAGUAACCACUAACCGCUUGCAGUCGAGACUUGCCAUUCAAAGAACCCCGUGAGCUUUCGGACGUUUUCACGACUUUUAGAAAAAGCGUGGAACCAUUGAGAACAGCCCCUAGAAAGUCACUUCCCAAGCCGGAAAGCAUACCUCCACUGCCGGACUACAUCGCCGAACAGUCGUCACCCUUCGCCGUUCCGGAGUCUCUGGAUGACACUAUCAAGUCCUUGUCGAAGCCGCUGGAAAACGACGAAAAGAUUCCCGACCCUCCUCAGUGGCCACAGGCAGCGAAAUCGGCACACCCGUUCUUGGGCGGAUCGACUGCUGGCCAUGAGCGCGUCAAACAUCUCAUCGAAUCAGGGGCCAUGACCACGUACAAGGACACAAGGAAUGGCUUGCUUGGACUAGAUUUCAGUACCAAGCUCUCGGCCUGGUUGUCACUUGGAUGCAUCUCCGCCAGACAGGUUCACUGGAAACUGAUCGAUUUCGAAGAUGGCAAGAACGACGUCGGUAAAGGAGCCGAGGGAUACGGUAAAGGUGAAAACAAGGUAGGCUUGCUUACAGGGAUAAGUACUUAUCCCGCAUACUGAUCCGAUAAAUUCGCUUAGGGCACUGCCGGAGUGCGUUUCGAACUCCUCUGGAGAGACUACAUGCGCCUCUGCACUCGCAAAUUCGGCGUCCGACUCUUCUUCGUCGACGGAUAUCGCCAGGACAAGGACGCCCAGCACAAAUUCAUCAGCUCGCCAUACACCAAGUCCACCAACAAGAAGAACACCCAGGGCGUCGACGACGAAAACACGCGGAAAGCCGUCGAACGCUUCCUCGCCGGCCGUACGGGUACCGGACUCAUCGACGCUUCCCAGCGCGAAUUGUACCUGACGGGCUGGACAUCGAACCGCGCGCGGCAGAAUGUCGCCUCGUAUCUGUCGAAGCGCCUCGGCAUCGACUGGCGCAUCGGAGCCGAAUUCUACGAGAUGAACCUCAUCGACUACGACGUCUCCAGCAACUGGGUAAGCCUUUCUCUCUAACGUUUGGUCCGUUCCCAUGACGCCACACCUCCUUCACAUGCAUCGGGUAUUUGACCCGUCCUGACUCCCCACACCCCCCCAUUUUCCUCCUGAAGAACCACUUCUCACAUUCAUUGCGUUUGAUACAGGGCAACUGGCAAUACGUCGCCGGCGUCGGCAACGACCCCCGCGGCGACGCCCGCAUCUUCAACCCCGUCAAGCAAGCCCUCGACUACGACCCGAAGGGCGAAUACAUCCGAACCUGGGUCCCCGAACUCAAACAAGUCGGACAUCUUUCUCCCCCCUCUUCUACUUCAGGCGGCGGCGGUAGUCGGGAAUCUCUCAUGGGCGUUGUCCAGGCCUGGAGAAUCCCCGCCGAGGAGAAGAAGUCUCUAGGUCUGGAGGGCUUGGAGUGGGUCGAGCGGCCGCUGAUUAAGAUUGAUUUCUCGGUGAAUCGGAGGGGUGCUGGUGCUGGGGGAAAUAGGGGGGGAAGAGGUGGUGGCGGCGGUGGUGGUGGUCCGGCAAGAGGGGGUCGAGGCGGUGGUGGUGGGAGGGGAAGAGGGCGUGGGGUGCGUGAGCAGAACUGA